AUGGCCUUUCUAGCAUUUGAUGCCGCCAUAAAGCGUCGUAUCCCAGGCAGCUGUGAGGGGAACCACGACGAGUCGUUGCCCACAUGGGAAGAGAAGAAGACACCCGAGGCGAAGAUAGAGAAAGCAGUCGAGUAUGCGGCUAAAAAGGAUGGGAAGGAGGAAGAGAAGAUUAUCUACGGUCCCAAACCUGAUGUGAUGCUGCCACUGAGGUCCAUUACAACGGAACCGGGCGGUGGCCAAAGAGGAGGGGCCCUGUUCCGGGGCCUACGCAGUAUUCCUGGAGUAAUAUCAGGUUCCCCCAUGACAAAUUGCUGGCAAUGGACGAUUUUGAGGAUACACGCAUUGACAUCCCAAGCACCAGUAGAUGAUUCUUCGGAAAAGCUCCAAACCGUACCACCGGGCGCAAAGGAAUGGUACGCAGUGUAUCACGGAGUAUUUUAUCACAUCAAAGGUACGGAUAUCAUCGUGGUUCUGGAUAAGGCGGGGCACGUCAUCACUGAGCAGGGGGAUGGAAAACGAGGUAGCGAAGUCCAUGAGACCUUCAGCACCUUGCAACCCAUGCCCAUCUCAGGUAUGAUGAGACACGGUCUACACUGGAUCGACUGGUUUGCCAAGCAGGCCGAAAUCUACUUCCGGAUUCUUGACAAAGCACAGGUGCUACGCCAGCUAAUACGACUGAGAUACAGCGCCUUCGGGGCAAGCACAGAGCUGGCCCGUUUCUUUUCCAGCCUGGUAGACCCCGGGUUACUUACCAAUUUCCAGAAAGUAGCAUAA